AUGUUGCGCUCAACCCUCCUCGAAGUGGUGCUCUUGUUGGGCGCCACGACGCUCGGUCUCGGGUCACCAGCAUCCGACCAGAGAGUCCUCGCCUCCCCUCCAGACAGUUCCAACGCACCGGUUCGGCAGCACAGCGUCGACAGCGCCAUCCUCGCAGCACUCGAAGCGCACUCGGAUCCCGUCGAUGCAUACCUCGCCCUCCACCCAGAAGCUGCGGCGGAGCUUGCCGAGCCGCGACUCCUACGCGUGUUUGGGGAGCAGGAGCCAAGAUGGAUGACCGAGGGCGACAAGAUGCGCUUGCGCCGCAAGGGCAACAAGUUCAUGGAUGUCACCGACUAUCAGCAAGGGUACUUGGACGACGUCGAGGCAUUCUCCGGCAAGGCCAACCUACCCAACCUGACGCACCAGGCGCUCGUCAAGGCCCUCUUCCCUCGAGUCUCGACCGACAAAAUGCACCAUGUCCUCAAACACAUGACGAGCUAUUACAACCGAUUGUAUAGCAGCGUGAUUGGCGCAGAAAGCGCUCGAUGGCUGCAUGACGAGAUUGCCAAGAUUAUCGACCAAAGCCCCGUGAGCACUUAUAUCUCGCUCGAGUUCUUCACCCACACUUUUGCCCAGCCGUCGAUCAUUGCACGCUUUGAGCCGAAAGUACGGAACUUCUCUCACCCGUUGACGAUUCUGGGCGCCCACCAGGAUUCCGCAAACUACCUGUUCCCUCUUCUGCCUGCCCCUGGUGCCGACGAUGACUGUUCGGGUACUGUCAGCAUCUUGGAGGCAUUCCGCGUCCUGGCUCACAGCGGUUAUAUCCCUGAGCAUGGCCCCGUUGAGUUUCACUGGUACGCUGCUGAGGAAGCCGGACUGUGGGGCAGCCAGGCUAUCGCGAGAUACAAGAAAGAUUCACGCGCAACGAUUGGCGCCAUGAUGGAGUUUGACAUGACUGCAUAUGUUUCCAGAAACGCAACAGAGUCUAUCGGCUUCGUCAAGACCGAAGCAGACGGGCCCUUGACGGAGUGGGCCGCGAACCUGGCCAAGGAGUACAUACCCAUCAAGUCUGGAAUUUAUGAACUCAGCCCUGGUGCCGGAUCGGAUUACAUGUCCUUUACUAAGCAAAACUACCCCUCAGCGUUCGCUACCGAGGGCAACCCUUUGUCGCACAAUGGCCCCAUGGGUGACUUUGACCCCUAUGUCCAUACUGCCAAGGACACCAUGGAUGUUGACGAUGAACACGGUUACUUUUCAAUUGACCAUAUGGCAAAAUUCUCGAAGCUGGCGAUUGCUUUCGCCGUUGAGCAAGCUGGAUGGGAUAAUCAUUGGAGAUAA